UAACAUUACAACCCAAACUAUAAAUACUACCAUUCGUCAAUUCGUAUCCACAAUUAACCUUUUCCCUUCUAAAACCCACUUCCAGAUCCGACCACCGGCGACAGCCCAUCUCCGAUAAAUCCGAUAAGCCAUUUUGUUGUUUUAUAUUUUAACCUGCAAGUAUGUCAAAAACAUCGACAUCAUUACCGGUACUUGUGAAAGACGUAGUUCACAAGAUUCAGUUAUGUCUACUAGAUGGUAUAAAAUCCGAAACCCAGUUAUCCGUAGCUGCUUCUUUGCUCUCCAAGUCCGAUUAUAAUGAUGUUGUAACCGAACGAUCGAUUGCUCAAAUGUGUGGCUACCCGCUUUGCACAAACUCAUUGCCUUGCUUGUCGCCUCCAAAGAAGGGCAGAUACCGUAUUUCUUUGAAAGAGCACAAGGUUUAUGACCUUUUGGAAACGCGCAUGUACUGCUCCACCCAAUGCAUAGUUGACAGCCGGACGUAUGCUGAAAGUUUAGAGGAUGAACGGUCUUUGGAUCUUGAUAGAGGGAAAAUUGAUAAAGUGGUGAAGCUGUUUGAAGGUUUGAGUUUGAAGAACGAAAUGGGUUUGGGGGACAAGAAUGAUGAUUUUGGAAUGGGUAAAUUGUCGAUUAAGGAGAAGGAAGAUGCAAGUAUUGGCAUUGUGUCUAUGGAAGAAUGGGUUGGCCCUUCAAAUGCAAUUGAAGGUUAUGUUCCACAGCAUGACCGCAAAAGGCCGGGAUCUAAAUUGAAAGAUUCCAAGGUCAAAAGUGAAGAACAGGGCAUCUUUGAUGAAAUGAAUUUCAUGAGUACCAUAAUAACUCAAGAAGACGGAUAUAGCAUAUCUAAAGUACCUUCUGGCGAUUCAAAAGAGAAAAAGAAUAGUAAGGGGACUAAUGAUAAGUUGAUCGUGCAUGGUGGUUCAUUACGUAAGACGCAAAAAAAGCUUGAGACUAGAUCAAAUGACAACAAGAAUAAAGAGUGUGAAAUUGUCUCAAAUAAUAAGUCAAAGGUUCAUGAAUUUCCUUCCACUGAUGUGAGUGUUAUGGAAAGGGCGAAAUCAUCUAUAUGUGAUAAAGAAGCUGAACCAAGUUGUAGUCGGCUCAAAUCUUCUCUGAAGUCUUCAGAGGCAAAUAAAACAAAUCGGUCUGUCACUUGGGCUGAUGAAAAAUCUGAUGGCACGGCCAAUCAAACACACUCUGGAUUCAGUAGGACUGAAAAGGAAAAGGAAAAGAACAUGGUUUUUGACAUUGUGGACGAGGGUGUUAGUGAGGCUGAUCAUGCAUUCCGAUUUGCAUCAGCAGAGGCAUGUGCUGAAGCUCUGAGCAAAGCAGCAACUGCUGUUGCUUCUGGGGAAUUGGAUGUUCCGGAUGCUUUUUCGGAAGCUGGAAUUGUGAUACUGCCACCUCCCCUCGAUGAUAAUGAAGCCAUAUCUGAGGGUGCAGUUGAUCCAGAACCAGCCCCAUUGAAAUGGCCUAAGAAAACUGGUAUCGUAGAAGCCGAUUUUUUGGAUUCUGAGGAUUCUUGGUUUGAUAGUCCACCGGAAGAGUUUGUUUUAGAACUAUCACCAUUUGCAACAAUGUUCAUGUCGUUGUUUGCAUGGACUUCCUCAUCUACAUUGGCAUAUGUAUAUGGACGUGAUGAUAGCUUUCAUGAAGAUUAUGCAUCUGUUAAUGGGAGGGAAUAUCCACAGAAAGUCAUGUUGUCAGAUGGCAGAUCAUCUGAAAUAAAGCGAACUCUUGCUGGUUGUCUUGCUCGUGCUUUGCCAGGGCUUGUUCAGGAUCUUAGACUUCCGACUCCAGUUUCUACCAUUGAAUUUGGGAUGGGUGGCCUAUUGGAGACAAUGUCCUUUUUUGACCCACUUCCUGCUCUGAGAUCGAAACAAUGGCAGGUGAUUGUUCUUUUGUUUGUAGAGGCUCUUGCAGUGUGUCGAAUCCCUGCAGUAGCACCACAUUUGACAAAUAAAAGAAGCUUCUUUCAGAAGGUGUUUGAUGAUGGUCAAAUAAAUAGAGAUGAAUAUGAAGUUUUGAAGGAUUUGAUACUUCCAUUAGGACGAUCCCCUCAAUUAGCCACACAGAGUGGAGCUUAGUCUUGCAAUGCAAAUUUGACAUCAGCUUUAACAGUGGAACUGUCGCAUGGACACUCUCCUGGGGAUUUUUCAACCAUUUUUUCAGCGGAAUACCUCAUAUUUUGACUGUUACUUUGGCCUGGGUUUAAGCAUGAGACUGCAAGGGACACCGGUUUUGCCGUUUUGGUAUCAUUGUGGUUGUGUAUGCACUGAAGUAUACUUGUAGAAAUAUAUAUUUGUAUCUAAGAUUUAGUGCAUGUCAUUUCUUCCAUAUAAAAUCAAACUAUCGUUUGGAUGAAAUUGACUCAUGAUUAAAAGUAAAUAACUAGGGAUGUAUGUUAGCAUCUUAUUUCAAAUUA